AUGUUUUCCGCAGUGUUGAGAAAGCGUGCACUUCAAUCACCAUCUCUGCCAUAUCAAUUAGCAAGAUGUUAUGCCUCGAAAUCUUUCCCUCCCCAUACCGUAGUCACCAUGCCAGCUUUAUCGCCAACCAUGACUUCAGGUAACAUUGGAUCGUGGCAAAAGAAGCCUGGAGAUGCAAUUGUUCCUGGUGAUGUAUUGGUAGAGAUUGAGACCGAUAAGGCGCAAAUGGACUUUGAGUUCCAAGAGGAAGGUGUUUUGGCUGCCAUCUUAAAGCAAUCUGGAGAGAAGGAUGUUGCUGUUGGAAAUCCAAUUGCUGUUAUGGUUGGAGAAGGAGAGGAUACAUCGGCUUUCGCGGAUUUCACACUCGCAGAUGCAGGAGGAGAGAAAGCUGCACCACCACCACCAAAGGAGGAAGCCAGUCAAUCUUCCGAGAAAUCUGAUACACAAUCUGGAACUGCUCCCCCGCCCCCAACCGAAUCGACCCCAGCUCCGGAGGAAUCCGCUUCAAGUGGUGGAAGAUUACAACCUGCUAUGGACAGAGCAAUCAAUGCUAGCUCUGCGGCUAUUAAAUUGGCAAUUGAUACCGGUGUUAAGAUUACUGGUGUCAAGGGUACUGGACUCGGUGGACAAGUUACUGAGGCUGAUGUCAAGAAGGCUUCUUCUGGAGCUUCAAGCAGUGGCGCACCAGCUGCUGCUACUACCAGUUACGUCGACACUCCUAUCACAUCUAUGCGUAAGACUAUCGCCAACCGUCUUACCGAGUCUGUGAACCAAAACCCACACUACUUUGUCGCCUCUACUGUUUCCGUCACCAAGCUCAUCAAGCUCCGCACAGCUCUUAACGCUUCCGGAGAAGGGAAAUACAAGCUCUCAAUCAAUGACUUCUUGAUCAAGGCAUGUGCUAUUGCAUGCAAGAAGGUCCCAGCUGUCAACUCAAGCUGGAGAGAUGGUUUCAUUCGCCAAUUCAGCAACGUUGAUGUCAGCGUUGCCGUUGCUACUCCAGUUGGUCUCAUGACCCCAAUUGUCAAGAAUGUCGAAGGACUCGGUCUCGAAUCCAUUUCAGCACAAGUCAAGGACCUUGGCAAACGUGCCCGUGAUGGUAAACUCAAGCCAGAUGAAUACCAAGGUGGAACUUUCACCAUCAGCAACAUGGGAAUGAACAGCGCUAUUGAUCGAUUUACUGCUGUCAUUAACCCACCUCAAGCCGCCAUUCUCGCUGUAGGAACCACUCAAAAGGCAGCUAUCCAAGGCGCAGAUGGAGGAAUUGAAUGGGAUGAUCAAAUCACCGUUACUGGAAGCUUCGACCAUAAGGUUGUUGAUGGUGCCGUUGGUGGUGAAUGGAUGAAGGAGUUCAAGAAGGUUGUUGAGAAUCCUUUGGAGUUGUUGCUAUAG